AUUCAUCCCCGCGCCAUAAUAUUAAUAUAUAUUGGUUUGGAGAGGCUAGAACCGACAUUGCGGUUAAUUUGUGUGGAGAGGUUUCAUCGGUGGCAUAAAACAGCACUAAAUCAAUAAGAGACGUCGGUAUUUAGUGCGCUACGGAAGCCGGUUGCUAGCGCCAGCUAGCUCACCGUGUGUUUUUUUUUUUUAAAAGGAGCUAGCUUCGGGUGACAGCUGACUUGUCCCCCUCCCGGGAGCGUCUUCGUCACGUCAACUCAAUUAUCGCCUUUACGGGUUUGUUUUGCCUCACUCGCGCGUCAUGGCCAACGUACUCUGUCUGGAUACGUUGAGGAAACCGGCCAGUUUGAUUCAUUCGAGGUGGUCUUGGUGCUUGUCGAACAAGCGAAGGUACAACAGCAAAGACGAGAGUUCGUCUUCCGAGUACUUGCACAGGAGCAUUGUGCCCACCAUGCAUUACCAGAAGAGUUUACCGAGGUUGCCCAUCCCAAAGCUGGAGGACACCAUCAGGAGGUAUUUAGCCGCUCAGCAGCCCCUCCUGGACGGCGGGCAAUUCAGCGAGACCGAGAAGGUUGCUCGGGACUUCCUGGCCGGCGAAGGCAAAAAGCUUCACGGGGAGUUGCUGGCCCAGGACAAGAAAAACAAACACACCAGCUACAUCUCAGGUCCGUGGUUCGACAUGUACCUGUCGGCGCGCCAGCCGGUGGUGCUGAACUUCAACCCGUUCAUGUCCUUCAACCCGGACCCCGACGCCGCCUACAACGAGCAGCUGGUGCGCGCCACCAACCUGACGUGCUCGGCCGUGCGCUUCAUGAAGACGCUGCGGGCCGGCCUGCUGGAGCCCGAGGUCUUCCACCUGAACCCGGCCCGCAGCGACACCCGCGCCUUCAAGAGCUUGAUCCGCCGGGUGCCCGCCUCGCUGGCCUGGUACGGCGCCUACCUGGUGAACGCGUACCCGCUGGACAUGUCGCAGUACUUCCGCCUCUUCAACUCCACUCGCGUGCCCCGGCCGGGGCGGGACGAGCUGCUCACCGACGAAAGGGGGCGCCACCUGCUGGUCAUGAGGAGAGGCAACAUGUACGUCUUCGACGCGGUGGACGCCGACGGCGACUUGGUGGCGCCGGAGCAGAUCCGCCGCAAUCUGGGGUUCAUCCUGUCGGACGCGACGCCGGCGCCCGACUUCCCGCUGGGGGCGCUGACGACGGAAAACCGCGACGUGUGGGCGGGGCUGCGGGACAAGCUGGUGGCCCGCGGCAACGGCGAGGACCUGGCGGCGGUGGACGGCGCCCUCUUCUGUCUGUGCCUGGACGACGUCGGCUUGAGCGACAGCGUGUCGGCGUCGCACAACAUGCUGCACGGCGACGGCGUCAACAGAUGGUUUGACAAGUCGUUCAGCAUCAUCGUGGCGAGCGACGGCCACGCCGCCAUCAACUUCGAGCACUCGUGGGGUGACGGCGUCGCCGUACUGCGCCUCCUCAACGAGAUCUUCCGGGACACCACGCGCAAGCCGCAAGUGCACCCCGACUCCGCUAGUAGCGGCGGUUCGCCGUGCGCCACCGUGCGGCGGCUGAACUUCAAGCUGGACGACGAGCUGCGGGACGGCAUCAAAAACGCCAAAGCCGGAUUUGACGCCGCCGUGUCCCAGCUCAGCAUCGACGCCAUGCAGUUUACAGGGGGCGGCAAAGAGCGUCUGAAGAAGGCCAAGCUGAGUCCCGACGCCGUGGCGCAGCUGGCCUUCCAGAUGGCCUUCCUCCGGCAGUAUGGCGCCACGGCGGCCUCGUACGAGUCCUGCAGCACGGCCGCCUUCCGGCACGGCCGCACCGAGACCGUCCGGCCCGCCAGCGCCUUCACCAAGCGCUGCGCCCACGCCUUCGUGAGCCGGCCCGGCGCGCACGACGCCGGCUCGCUGCUCCAGAUGCUUCGCAGCUGUUCCGACUAUCACGGGCAGCUGACCAAGGAGGCCGCCAUGGGUCAGGGUUUCGACCGGCACCUGUUCGCCCUGCGCCACUUGGCCGCGGCCGCCGGCCGGCCCACGCACGCCUUCUACGCCGACCCCGCCUACGCCGCCAUCAACCACGUCGUCCUGUCCACCAGCACGCUGUCCAGCCCCGCCGUGCAACUGGGCGGCUUCGCGCCCGUGGUGCCCGACGGGCUGGGCGUGGGCUACGGCGUCCACGACGACUGGAUCGGCUGCAACGUCAGCGGCUACCCGGCGCGCGACGUCUCGCGCUUCCUGGGGUGCGUCCGCCAGUCGCUGGAGGACAUCUUCGCCGUGCUGGACGGCGUGACGCUCGCAAACGUCCCGCGGUGAGUGGAAGUCACGUCGUCGCCGCCGUUGCGGGUGACCCACCGUGAAAUUGAUUGUGUGCGUGUGUGUCAAUAAAUUGUAUUCAGUUGUUUGUAUCAAAGACUGAAGAAUGGUUAGUGGACUCGUUCAUCACGAGUUGGGGUUGCCUCUGCAAGAGGUGAAAUCUGUGAAGUGGUGGGCGCAUUUUCAUUGGACAUUUUAACGCUAAAUCACCCCAGUUGCAUUCGUUUUUCCCUUAUUAAUCUCUGUGAUACUCAUCAAGAUUUCUUAUACUCUAAAAUACAUUCUGGAUUGAACUCGAGUGAGGGUUCGGGUUCGGGUUGAAUGCAACCCAAAGCCGUGAAAAGCAACACGGCCUUCUUCGCGUGCCGGAAGUCGCCGACAGCUGCGAACCUUCAAAGUGCGGAGAAGUUGCGUCUCCACGGCCGCCGAGCUGCUAACGCUCGCGUCUUCCUCUGCCAACGCACGUUUGCGACGAGCUCAAAAAAAAAGUCUGCGUUUUUCCCAAAUCUCAAGAC